GGAAGGUGAUUUGAGCAGCUCAGUAGCAACGCUCCCUACAUCUGUACAGCCAUCACGUUCCGUCAGUCCAUCAAUGUCUUCGACUAAGAAGUACAGAUUCUCUACAGAAUGCGUUACUAUCGACAAUCCGAAUGCAGGGAAGGACCAAUACAAUAGUUCUUCCGUACCAAUUUAUCAAUCGGCUACUUUUAAGGGUAUGAACGGUGAAUACGAUUACUCACGUUCUGGAAAUCCAACACGAACUCACUUAGAGCACCAUUUAGCAAAGAUCAGCUCAGCAAAACAUGCAUUCGCCGUAUCGAGUGGUAUGGCAGCAUUAGACAUUAUCGCACGUAUUCUUAAACCUGGCGAUGAAGUUAUAGCUGGUGAUGAUCUUUAUGGUGGUACUAACAGGUUGUUAGGAUACCUCAAGUCAAAUGCAGGUGUGAUCGUCCACCACAUCGAUACAUGCACACCAAGCACAGUAGAGCAAUAUCUAAAUAAGGACACAACAAGAUUGGUUCUUCUCGAAACCCCAACAAACCCUCUUAUCAAGAUAUGUGAUGUCAAGGAUGUUGCCGAUAGAGUCAAAGCUAGCUGUCCUGAUGCAAUAAUUGUCGUUGAUAACACCAUGAUGAGUCCCUAUCUUCAGCGCCCACUUGACUUUGGUGCCGAUAUCGUAUACGAUAGUGCGACAAAGUAUUUAUCCGGUCAUCAUGAUCUCAUGGCUGGUGUAGUCGUCUGUAACAGGGAUGAUUUAGCAAAACAUAUGGGAUUCACUAUAAACUCUGUUGGAAAUGGAUUAAGUCCAUUCGAUUCUUUCUUAUUGCUGAGAGGAUUGAAAACUCUUGCUAUUAGAAUGGACAGACAGCAAGCCACUGCGCGUAUAGUUGCUUCAUUCCUCAAUAAACUCGGCUUUGUUGUCCAUUAUCCAGGGCUUUCAAAUCACCCUGGUCAUGACACACAUUUCAAAUUAGCCAGAGGUGCAGGUGCAGUCUUAUCAUUUGAAACCAAAGAUAUAAAGACAAGUGAAAGGAUAGUAGGAAGUGCUAAAUUAUGGGGUAUUUCAGUAUCAUUCGGUGCUGUCAAUUCAUUAAUUUCAAUGCCUUGCUUGAUGUCUCAUGCUUCAAUUCCUGCUCAUCUUAGAGCUGAAAGGGGUCUUCCUGAAGAUUUGAUUAGACUCUGUGUUGGUAUUGAAGAUUACGAAGAUUUGAUAGAUGAUCUUGAAAACAGUCUCGUGCAAUCAGGUGCAAUCAGAACAAGAUUCACUCCAGCUGAAGAAAACUGGAGUUCUGAAAUUGGAUCUCUCGAACGCAUCGGUGAAGAGCGUGCAAUGGCUUGGGAGAAAUGCUCAAUGUUUGAGGAACAACCAACUGUCAAAGCAGCAUCAACCGCAGAGACCAAGAAAGAAGGUGGAAACAUUGUCGUUUCAGCACCCGGAAAGGUUAUUCUUUUUGGUGAACAUGCUGUCGUCUAUGGUGUUACUGCAAUAGCAUCAUCACUAGAUCUCCGCUGUUAUGGAUGCUUAUCUCCACGCUCAGACAAUUCAUUGAGUAUUUCGUUCCCAGAUCUCGACACAGACGUUACCUUGGAAAUUGAAGCAUUACCUUGGAAAGCUGUAAAGAAUGCUCAUGAUGAUAUCCUUGAUAUUGACCACGAGCUCGUUGCAGCUCUCGAGAACCACUUCCCAGCGGAGAAAUUCAACAGCAAAGCUCGGGGAGCUAUCAUAUCUUUCUUCCAUCACUAUAUGUCAAUUUGCUACAAUGAUCGUCGAGCUGUGUCAUUUAGUGCACGCUCUGACAUUCCAAUUGGUGCGGGUUUGGGAUCAUCAGCAGCUUACUCAACUUGUGUAUCAACUGCUCUCUUGAUUUUAGCAAAGAAAGUCGCAAUUGAGCACACACAUAACGCUACUCAUAUUUCCCAUGAUGGUAGAAGGUUCAUCAAUGAUGAUAUAGCAAAGUACGUCAACAAGUGGUCAUUCGUUUCAGAAAAGAUUCUUCAUGGUACGCCAUCUGGUAUUGACAAUAGCGUUUCUGUAUUUGGUGGUGCAAUCUCAUACUCUCGCGUCAGGGAUCAGGCGAUGAUAAACCUCAAUGGAUUCAAGAGUAUGAAACUUCUCCUGACAAAUUCAAACGUUGAUAGGGAUGCCAAGAAACUAAUAGCAGGCGUAGCUAAACUUAAACAGGAGGAACCAGAAGUAGUGAAAGGUGUUAUGGAUGGAAUACAGGGUAUAGUUGAUGAAGCCGUUCGUUGUUUCAAUGAUAAAGAUCUCAAUAGAAACGUAUUACUCAAUGGAUUGAGUGAGCUUGUGAGAACCAACCAUGGUCAUCUCGACAGACUUGGUGUUAGUCAUCCAACACUUGAAAUAAUUAUAUCGAAACUGCAAGCAUACAAUUUGAAGACGAAAUUAACUGGAGCUGGUGGUGGUGGUUGCACCGUCACACUUAUCCCAGAUGAUUAUGAUGAAAAAGAGCUAGGUGAUGCACUUCAAAAACUUCAACAAGCAGGGUUCGACACAUACUUAACAACCGUUGGUGGAUCUGGAUUGGGUUAUUUGAUUGAAGAAUACAAUUUAGAGAAGAACACACAGUCGACAAAUGAAGAGGAAAGUGUUGGGCCAUUCACCAGUGUAUUCAGUAAGGAUUUCCCAACUAAUGAACUCAAUAGCAAGUUGAGAGAAUCUGGACAUUGGGUGUUUGUAUAAUGCAGAGCAAUUUCUUAAGGUUUUUUUUGUUAUAUAAUGAUUUGAUAUUUUG